AUGGGGGAGAAGGUUGGCGGCUACAAGCACCAGUUGCCUGCAGGCAAGGAUGGUGAGCCAGCGCCGCUUCCGAAAGCUGUCUUGGAGUGGGAGGAGAAGGAAAAGGCUGACGAGACGGGUGAGGGCCUCGACGGAACUUCUGCAGAUGACUUGGAGAGCAAGUACCAGCCGGACGCGCACUACGAGCUUGACCAGGACACUGACACUGACACGGCGAUGCUGCGACAUGUGGCCACCGGCGACGAGGUGAUGUUGGACACAGGUGUGCGCUACAAGCUGUACAACACGACCUCAGGUUGGUGCCUCUGGGCUGGUGGGCAGGCAACUCCAGAGUACGCCUGUGACGUGAUGAUCUCUGUGGCCAUGUCGGAGAAGGAGGCUGUGAAGUCACGACGAGUUGCUGGAUCUAUGACAGCGGGGGCAGAUGAUGACGACACAGAUCCAGAGUCGAGCGAGGAGCCACCUCCCGAAGAGCCCCCGAUUUGGGAGCGACCGUUCUUGAUGCAAAAGGGCAGCUUGUCUCUCCUGGUUUCCCCUGAAAGCAAAACGCAAGUGACAAUCAAGUCAAGUGUGAAAUGGAACCUUGUCCCACACCUCAACGAAAACACGAUGAAGCACGAGUACAUCCUUCAGAGCGAGCCCCCAUCCUCGGACAUCAAGCCGAAGUGGGCGCACCGCUUGCUGUUGGGCUCCAAGGCAGUGAAGGUGACCGACCCUGACGUGCUGAAAGAGAUUGAAUCCAGGAUGCAGAGUCCAGUAAAUCCGAGAAGCGGCCUGCGCCAGAAUCAGAACAAGUUGACCCAGAUCUUCGUGCCAAGAUUGCCCGAACAGAUGACUCGGACUUGGAAGGCGAUGAAGAAGAACUUCUGGGAGGUCUUGGACGGGAGCACGGUGCUAAGGCCGCAGCUCUCGAAAAAGGAGAGCAACGCCUUUUGGGUUUACAUGAAAGCGAUCAACCAUGCUCUGCUGUGGGCGACAGACCAGACCUACCUUGACUUCAUGCCGGAAAAGCAAGAAUGUCUUGCACUGGGCUCCGACUUGAUUGCGUACAAUGUCCCUCCCCUAGAGUCCAUGAAGACCAUCCGGUUCGUGGUCGACGAGGAGAAGUGCCAGGGGAAGGCGCUGAACAUUGUGCUGCAACAGACGCACUUGCGUGGCAUGUCAGAUGCUGACUGCUGCCACAUCAAGAAUCAGGGCGAGGAGUACUACGCGUCGCUUGCAGAGGGCGUUUGCUUCGAUCGUCAGAUCGACAGCGUGGACAUCGCUGAUCUGCAGCUGGACGCCGAGCAGUUCUUGUCGGAGAGCUGCGUCAGCAAACGAGGGGAGUUCGGAGAAGGAGUAGACGACGACGAAGAAGCUUCGGAGCCGGAGCGCGAUGCUGACGGAGACGUCCACAUGUCUGGGCCUGGGCCAAGUGGUGGCGGCGCUGCCGGGAAAAAGCGGCAAACAAAGGCUGACUUGUACAAGUUCUUUUCAGGAAAAGGCCCGAAUCGCAUGGUUUUCAGCUUCCUCAACGACCGAUCCCUGCAACUGUGCGCUCUCAUCAUUACUCACAUCAGCGGGUCACUGGAGAAUGAGUACUGCCAGGACUUGGAAGCAAUGCAGCAAGGCCCAAUUGGGCAAGGUGUGUGGGCUGCUGAGCGGGCGGCUGGAACACGCUGGUGGCACACAGCCCAGGACUUGGAAGCAAUGCAGCAAGGCCCAAUUGGGCAAGGUGUGUGGGCUGCUGAGCGGGCGGCUGGAACACGCUGGUGGCACACAGCCAAAUGCAUUUGCGAUGCUACCUACGGAAGUGAUCUGUUACAGCAACUGCGGUUUCGGCGUACCCAGGAGCAAGUGCCUCUUGACUCCGAUCUGGCUUGGCUUAAGUUGGAGAAGGAAACCGCAAAGGUUGCUGUUGACUUCGGCCACGAGUUGCUGUGCCGGUUCGUGUGGGCUCACAUUCCCUUCAUGCUCAACUUGCCGCAGGCCUUUGCUGUCUACCUCUUGCCCGAGCCUGCCGGUCGACAACAAGCGCUGGGUUUCUUGCAGCCUGUGCUGGAUGCAGUUUGGGCGGCGGAGAAACAUUGGCUCGAGUGUCAAUCUACUGACGUGGACAAAGCAAGCUCCAUGGAAGCUGUGUUCAACCAGAUUGGCUGGUGCCACCAUCAACUUGCUCGAGAAGUGCUGGCGUGCAUGCUACAGUGCGGGUUCGCUCCGGACAAUCUUCGCUGCCGGCGUCUUGCUGCUAAACUCUUCCGGUCUUCGUCUACGACCAAAAAUUGCUUGGAAGAUGUGUUCUCGCAUCUCCAAAGCAUGGUUGGAAAGGGCACUUCCAACAAGCGCAUGAGCGACUGGAGCCGCUACUUCUACGCAACGACUGCCAGAAGCCCGCGUUCUGGUGGCAUGCAGACGGUGCUCCCUGAUGCGCAAGACUGGGACGCAGGUUCCCACACCGCUUUCGCAAUGCUGCAAAACUUCGCCCCAAUGUUCGACACCAACAGCACAGCUAUGCCAGAGCCAGCAACGGAAGACAGCAUUCUUUGGCCGAAGCCAAGUGCGCUGCAGAAAAAGAAGAAAUGGAAAGCAGCAGGACCAGAGUCAAACCAAAAAGGAGCUGCCGCCAUGAUCUACUUGCACAACGAUGCCCAUACACGCUGGGCCAACUUGGGCAACGUGUGGGUGUUUUUGAGAGUCGACUUCGCGAACGACGUGCGGCCUGACUUCAUGUUCAACUACACGGUGGAGGCGAUGAAGAAGAACUUCUGGGAGGUCUUGGACGGGAGCACGGUGCUAAGGCCGCAGCUCUCGAAAAAGGAGAGCAACGCCUUUUGGGUUUACAUGAAAGCGAUCAACCAUGCUCUGCUGUGGGCGACAGACCAGACCUACCUUGACUUCAUGCCGGAAAAGCAAGAAUGUCUUGCACUGGGCUCCGACUUGAUUGCGUACAAUGUCCCUCCCCUAGAGUCCAUGAAGACCAUCCGGUUCGUGGUCGACGAGGAGAAGUGCCAGGGGAAGGCGCUGAACAUUGUGCUGCAACAGACGCACUUGCGUGGCAUGUCAGAUGCUGACUGCUGCCACAUCAAGAAUCAGGGCGAGGAGUACUACGCGUCGCUUGCAGAGGGCGUUUGCUUCGAUCGUCAGAUCGACAGCGUGGACAUCGCUGAUCUGCAGCUGGACGCCGAGCAGUUCUUGUCGGAGAGCUGCGUCAGCAAACGAGGGGAGUUCGGAGAAGGAGUAGACGACGACGAAGAAGCUUCGGAGCCGGAGCGCGAUGCUGACGGAGACGUCCACAUGUCUGGGCCUGGGCCAAGUGGUGGCGGCGCUGCCGGGAAAAAGCGGCAAACAAAGGCUGACUUGUACAAGUUCUUUUCAGGAAAAGGCCCGAAUCGCAUGGUUUUCAGCUUCCUCAACGACCGAUCCCUGCAACUGUGCGCUCUCAUCAUUACUCACAUCAGCGGGUCACUGGAGAAUGAGUACUGCCAGGACUUGGAAGCAAUGCAGCAAGGCCCAAUUGGGCAAGGUGUGUGGGCUGCUGAGCGGGCGGCUGGAACACGCUGGUGGCACACAGCCAAAUGCAUUUGCGAUGCUACCUACGGAAGUGAUCUGUUACAGCAACUGCGGUUUCGGCGUACCCAGGAGCAAGUGCCUCUUGACUCCGAUCUGGCUUGGCUUAAGUUGGAGAAGGAAACCGCAAAGGUUGCUGUUGACUUCGGCCACGAGUUGCUGUGCCGGUUCGUGUGGGCUCACAGUCCCUUCAUGCUCAACUUGCCGCAGGCCUUUGCUGUCUACCUCUUGCCCGAGCCUGCCGGUCGACAACAAGCGCUGGGUUUCUUGCAGCCUGUGCUGGAUGCAGUUUGGGCGGCGGAGAAACAUUGGCUCGAGUGUCAAUCUACUGACGUGGACAAAGCAAGCUCCAUGGAAGCUGUGUUCAACCAGAUUGGCUGGUGCCACCAUCAACUUGCUCGAGAAGUGCUGGCGUGCAUGCUACAGUGCGGGUUCGCUCCGGACAAUCUUCGCUGCCGGCGUCUUGCUGCUAAACUCUUCCGGUCUUCGUCUACGACCAAAAAUUGCUUGGAAGAUGUGUUCUCGCAUCUCCAAAGCAUGGUUGGAAAGGGCACUUCCAACAAGCGCAUGAGCGACUGGAGCCGCUACUUCUACGCAACGACUGCCAGAAGCCCGCGUUCUGGUGGCAUGCAGACGGUGCUCCCUGAUGCGCAAGACUGGGACGCAGGUUCCCACACCGCUUUCGCAAUGCUGCAAAACUUCGCCCCAAUGUUCGACACCAACAGCACAGCUAUGCCAGAGCCAGCAACGGAAGACAGCAUUCUUUGGCCGAAGCCAAGUGCGCUGCAGAAAAAGAAGAAAUGGAAAGCAGCAGGACCAGAGUCAAACCAAAAAGGAGCUGCCGCCAUGAUCUACUUGCACAACGAUGCCCAUACACGCUGGGCCAACUUGGGCAACGUGUGGGUGUUUUUGAGAGUCGACUUCGCGAACGACGUGCGGCCUGACUUCAUGUUCAACUACACGGUGGAGGAAAGCAAAUGCUGCUUUCGCCACAUGCCAACCGAUGUGGUUCACCCAGCCUGCCUACCUCCAGAAUUGCCACGGGGCAUCUUUUUGCGGGUGACCAACUUGGAAGGAAGCAACUACUACCGUGUUGGGUACAAGAUCAGCGCCUUGGACCUGGUUGCAACAUAA